UUGAUGUUUAUUGUAUUUAUACUGGUAUUGUGAAAUUGUAUGCUGACUGGUUAUUAUUAUGAAGUUUGUUUGUAGUUUUUAUUUUUUAAAACGACUAGAGCUAUUUAGUACUGAGCGAAUUAUUAGUAACAAUCUGAGUGUUUAUUUUUAAUUUUGGUUUUUCUAAAGAUACGACAAAUACAAAGGGAAGGAACAUUAGGAAUAAAAAUCUGACUUGAUGCAUGUACUUUAUAUUAUUUGUGGCAGUAGGAUACUUUGAUUUAAAUGAAAAUGGCUUCCAACUUGAACACCUCCAAAAUACCGAUACAGGAAACGUCAAAAUCUCCGCAACACCAACAUAAAAUGCCGGCAUUCGAACCUUUGGAUAAACCUAGCAAUACUCUUAAGAGAAACCCAAAAAUGGAAUUGGGAAAGUCUGAUUUGUUGAAACUUCUCAGUUAUUUAGAAGGAGAACUUCAGGCCAGAGACAUAGUAAUUGCAACUCUAAAGUGUGAACGUGUUAAGCAACUUCUCAACCAAGGUCGCUACCAGCCUCUCCUUCUAAAUGAUCCUCAUGCAGCUCUUCAGAGGGACAGCUUUGCUUCAGCAGAGUCUCGUGUGGAUGAAGCUGAAAUUCGCUCUAUAGCAAAUCAACAAAUGGCUUCAUUAGAAAAUCUUGUUCUCCAGUACAGACGUGGCCAAAUGCGUUUAAGUAGAAUUCUUAGAGAUGCAGAAGAAAGGCAUAAAAAGGUUAUUGAAGAACUUGAUGAGGAAAUACGAAAGCACGAGCACGAUACAGCACAAGGGGAUGAUAUCACUUACGGCCUAGAAAAGGAAAGAUCCAGAUUAAAGCAGGAACUGGAGUUAGAGAAACAAAAAAACAAGAAACUUGAGAAGGAUUUAAAGAAAGUUUCUGAUAUUUUAGAGGAUGAAAGAAGCAGGCAGAAACAAAUAGUUCUUCUGUUGCUGGCAGAAAGGAAAAAAAUAAUAAUGAAAUACGUAGAAGAACGAAAACGAUCAGAAGACCUAGCUCAGAUUUUAACUGAAGAAAAGACCCGUAUCGAUACCAUGGCUGAAGGACUGGAAGAGGAAAGCAAGAAGUCCUUACAAAUGGAAGCUGAACUUGAGAAACAGUUUGUUCAGUUUGAUUUGGAAAGGCAAGAGCUGAAAUCUGCUGUGUCCAAAGAAGAAAGCAGAUACAAAGAUUUGUUGGGUGAAUUGGAGAAAGCAAGAGCAGAAGCAGAUUCCUUAAAAAAACAACUGGCAGAAGCUCAUCAAGUAGCAAUGUUUCAAGCUGGAACGGCAAGCAUGAGCCCUCCACGUGUCAGCGUUGGACUUCCGAAAGCAGCCAUGACGCUUAUACCACCUCAACCUCCAGUGAAGCCUUCGGUGGUCACAAGCCAGGGAAUGCCACGCAUUUCAGGGACAGCUUUGCAGCAGGCUCCAACUGGAAUGUCCAAAGUGAGUGGUUGGGCUCCUCUAUCGCCAAGGCCAGAUGGCAGCAUGUCGCCCCCUCCGGGAGCAGGCCUACCAAUGAUGAGCAGCGUAGCCAAAGUGGUGCAGCCAACUGCUACCGUUUCAAGUGUACCAGUUUCUGGGCCUACCACUGGCAUUGCUCGCUCAGUUUCACCUGGUCAAGGCCUUCGCAGUUUGGUUUACUCACCUACGACCACACCAACAGCAGCUACUACUUGGGGUCACUCUAGUCAUUCCACAUCCGCUCCGAGCACAGAGCAGGUGGCAGAGAAGAGAAGCCACCUGCAACUUCAACAACAGCCACAGCAACAACAGCAGUCCUCCCCUCCUCCAUCUCAACAGCAGGCAUCACAAGUAGUACAAGUAACUCCUCGUGUCAGUUUGUCAGCAUCUCCAGGCACGAAGGUGUUCACAACAUCACAGGGAGGAAAGGUGACGUUCCAUGUGACAGCAAACAUGGGAGGCUCUGAGUCACCACAGCAACUUCUGAAGAAACCGGCCCCUCCUGGCCGGGGGGUCCCCCCACCCAUUCCCCCCAACAAGCCUGUGGUACCUCCAAAAAAGGAGGCGGUGGUAGCUCGUCGGCCGGAGGCCACGCCCCCAUUCGAGGCGGUGAAAGCUACAGCAGGGGUAAAGCUGGGCAUGGCUCUAUCCAAGGGCCCUCUACAGGGUGGGGACCCCCAGUGCUCGUCUACCCAACCGCCGCACCAGUUGCCCAGCCGCAGCUGGCUCCGGCAAGUGAGGUGACUUGCUUGACUGGCAUUAAGCUGGAGGAGGGGAAAUCUAAACAUAAACCAGUGAGUUUGUGUGUGUGCGUUAAGUGAGAGCUUGUGGCCAUGUAGCAGUGGGUGACAGUUCUCUCUCUCUCUCUCUCUAAUCUUCUUUUGUGUAUGAUUCCUCAGCUUUUAAAUGCAACAUUCCAUGAUGCUUUGAAAGCCGCACUUCAAAGCCCGGCUUUUUAAGUUCUUCAGCUCGGGCACGUCUCACUGACGUGCCUGAGGUGGGUGCUAGUUUUAUAAAAGAAACUAUCAAGAAAGGGUAGCUUGUGCCUUUUUUUUUUUUCUAUUCUGGAAGAGGAUUGGGUUCAAAAAAUACCAUAUAUAGCUGGGAAGGGAUACACAGCUGUCUUUCGUUUUUAGGAGGGGUCGUAAAUCAGUAGGGGAGAGGCAGAGAAAAGUGAGCUGGCCUCACUCCCUUCUACAUAGUAAUAAAGUAGCACAGAAAGCAGACCAAAAAAAGGUUCCAAGGUUAACACCAGUGCCAUAUUUCUUACGCAUCAAUUAGCUGAGACACGGAACAAAGACUUCACUUGUACCUACUCUACUCUAGACGGAUAUAGGUGUGAUUCAUUUUCGAGGGCUAUCCUUACCAUGGAAAAGUUUUAUUUUUAUGACCCAAUUUAUAGCAGUUACCCAUACGCAGGGGCCACUCUUACAGUAGGUGAAACAUGUUAAGUAAAAAAAUUUUACUUAUUGCUGUCACAUUUUCUAUUAGUUAUUAUUUUCUUAACUUUUGUAAAUUCCACCUCCUAUUGACAUGUUUUUCCCAUUUUCGGCCACAGAGAAAAUAACUCAACUUACAAAUAUUUUCAGUAAUAAAAACAUCACUGUUCAUUGUGUUUAUGCCUCUGAUAUUUGUGCACCAUUUAGCCAAAACUAUACUUUGCAUUUUUUUAUGGGAAAUGAGACUAUACCAUCUGUACAGUUUGGUUUACUGUUGUAGCUAACUGCUGGUAGUAUAGUAACAUUGUGAGAUACACAAGCUGCAAUGUUUGUAAUCUCUCUCAUAUUUGCCAAUGUCGGCACCUUGCUUGUAAUGCACAUAAUACGUCCGCCCCUCGAAGUAAUGCUCUAAUUUUUUCCAGGAAAACAGAGCGCCCAUCAAAACAGCGCUAAUCAAAUACAUUUUUCCCAUAAGAUGUAUGUUAAUUAAAAUAUUUGUUUUUCCAAUCAGGUAAGUGUACCUGCUGACUACUAUUUUAAUUAAGACACUGCUCCUGUUGACAUUAAUUUACAGUAAAAAUAUAUGUCUAAAUACAUUUAAUGUACUUUUAAACAAAUGUUAAAUGACAUUUUCAGACUUAACGACCUAAAAUUAAAUUUAAAAAUUCACUUCUCCCAUUGUUUACAUAGUAGAUCUUAGUCAUAGCAUUCCUAAGUAGGUGAUAACAUUUUGGAGUUACAAAGUAAUAAUGCUAAUAAUAUAAGAUAUUCAUUUCAGUUCUAAUAAUAACUAAAAAAAAAAUAAACUUGAAAUUUUCUAUGAUUAAAAUAUUAUGUAACCUGUUAACGUAAUUCCCGACUCUGUUGUUUACUAUAUGCAUGUCUGCCAUGAUUUGCUACUAGCACACCUUAAUAGGCACGAGGUAAACUAGUCCUGAAAGCUUCUAUCUUUACUCUCCAGAGAUGCUGCUGACAUGUGGGAUGGUGUAAAAUAAAUUGGCUGAACACAGAACACACAGGCGUCGUCAAAGAUAAAUACACAGUGAAGGAAGCGAAUAGCUAUUAAGGAAAAAGCAAAAUAUUGUUUGUUGAUUUGUGACAUUAUUAAUUCAUAUCAAUGGAUUUAAUGCUUAACAUUGCCAUUGUGCGCACACAGAAAUAAAAAUAUACGUGAAAGAUAACAAUGUUACUUCGAAUCUAUGACUGCGCUUCUUCAAAUCAUUCCUUAAUUUAUUGGUGUCGUCACUUCAAAACUGUGCUAAACGAACAGCGUUAUUUCGAGGGGUGGGUGUACCCUGUGGCUGCUUGAAGCUGCUAGCAAUUUUUUUUUAAUCCUUGUUUUUUUAGGCAUACAGCAUGAAACACUGCAAUGACACUUUUAAUAUACUGGUUUUUGUAUGUUGUGCAUUUAUUUAUUUACUGCGAUUGGAAUUCCAAAAAGAAGUGAUGUCUUGGGGGUUGUCAUCGAGGUGGUUGUGACAAGCAUCUAUAGGAUGCCACCACAUGGAAGGACACGCGGACCUGGCAAAGACUCUAGGUAACAUGAUGUGACCCUUGUGGGUGCAAUACUUGAAUUUCCCCCAAUCCAUCCGACCACAGGACCUGUCUUACUCUAAGCGUCGGCGUGCUACUUACUGCUUAAGGAAGAUGCUUGCCAUUGGGCUCUUUAGGCAUCCCACAUGCCGCAGUUCCUGCAUCAACACGUGGCCAUUCAAAAGAUACACUUACUAUGUUAACUGGCAGGAUUGGGUUUAUUGGCUACAGCUCUCAUACGAAAUUAAGUUAACCGACAAAUUAAAACUCUUCGAAAUACACACCAGCAUGUAAUUGGAAUACAAUGAGGUCCAGGACACCAAGUUCGUGGACUAAGUUAGUUGAUCAUCGUUGAAGAAAAAAAAUUCAGCAAAACGAGAAUAAAAUAUGUAAAUUAAACAGUCUACCACCCGAAAUAGCCUCGAGGAAAGAUGAAAAAGAUUUAUAAAUACUUAGGCAAACUGCGAAUGUAACAGAUUAGUGACGAAAAAGUUGAAGUCCUCAGAGUGCGAUGAGCAUCCAUCUUUUUAAGUGAUAAUCUCGAGAGACUGGGGUGAGUGCAGCACACAAUGGCCACAGGAAGGCAUCCAACUGCUGAACUAGAUGUCUGUUAGGUCAAUUCCAAAACUGUGUCAAGGGCAAAACAUAAUAAAUCCUUCAAUAAAAUCCUUAUAAAAAAGCAGAGACUCUUUUACAAUAAUAUUAUUUAGUUAUGUAAUUAUUUCAAUUUAACUGAUUGUAAAAGAUAUUGUGAAAUGGGUUGCGUUUCUAAACCCACGUGCAUAGUGUGGCUUUGUUAUUAUUGUUCUAGCAGCUUAAUUGGAAACAUGCACACUUGAGCCAUACAAAUAAAAAUUUACAAUGUUAGUAUUUACAAUGGAAGUAGUGUACAUAUUUUAAUAUAUUUUGCAUACAAUUAAAAAUAAAUCAAUAUUUCAUUAAAAACAUGUUUAAAAAUAGCACUUGAAUUCGGAGUUAGUUUAAAGUGGUGCUGUUCUGCACGUUUAUAAAUAUUUUUGAAUAUAAAUAUAUUUAUCGGUACUGAUAGGGUGAAACUUUCAAGGGAAAAUUACCUGUUAAAAUUUUAUUGUUUCAUUUUUAUAAAGUGGCUUAUUUUCCUGUUGAUAGUUGUUAACUCAGAUUUUAUUGUACAAAAAAUAGGCUGUAUUAUGCUCAUGCACAGUCAUGUAAUUUGAUUUUAUUUAGUUUUUAUUUUAAUCACUUUUAAUUUUAUCAUUUCUGACAAAUCACUUUCAAUUAAAACUUGCUUGUAAUUUAAAUAUCAACAUUUCGGUAGUAAACAACUAAUUUUGUUGCUAAACAUUAAAACACUGUCUUGUUCGUAAAAUAUCAUUGCUUAUGAGAAUUUUGGAAACAUUUUAAAGAAAACUAAUUAAAUUUAAUACUAGAAUGGAAUCAAAAUCUAUUGACAAAUUGAAAGGUACAGCUUUGAAAAAUAUUGACAUAUAAUCUAAAAAUCUAUAAAAUGAAUUUCAUUAGGUUUUUUUUGUCUCCAUCUGCCAUUUUGUUUCAAAUGGACGAGGGCAACAAAAGAAUGAAAACGUAUCUAAUAUUUUACUAGAGCCUAGAGUGUUUUUUAUAUUGAUACAUUUGUAGCAGUGACUCCAGUUUUGUUAGCCACUACAAAUAUUAUAAUUGUUUGCAUGUUAAAACAAUACUCAUAAGUCAUAACAUCACAAUACUGCAUGGGAAAAUAAGAUAGUGGUAAUGGUAGAUGCCACAAAAAGUAUUUUGUGAUUGAUUCACAUUUUUUUCAAAAAGCAGCUACUUUACACAAUCAAAGUUAGAAAAUUUACGAUCGGCACUCAUUGCGAAAUACGUAAUUAUUUAUUUAUUUAUAAUUGUAACAUGCCAACUAACAGGACAAAGUCUUUAAUGGUAGGCACACAAUUAGACACAAAUACACUCACAAAAAUAAACAUAAAUGAAAAACACAAAACAAUACAAUAUAAAAACAAAACACACAUAACAAAGACAAUAAAACAAAAUUCAAAUGUUACAAAUUAGACAACACAGAACUAAAAACACAUGAUCAAAGAACUAAGGAAAAAAUUAAAGUCUAUCAAAUUUAUGAAAGUUGGUUAUUAGCCUAAAGAUAAGAUCAUUGUUUCUGUUAACUGUACAUAAAGUGGAAGUUAAACGACUAUUAAAAGGAGUUACUCUUAAACUGGUGUUGUCAAGUAUAUAUUUACAGUUCAAUUUGUUAGUAUAACAGUUUUUAAUGAAAAUAGAGUCAAGUAAUUCUCUUCGACUUGAGAGAGAUAUCAGAUUGGGUAGAGGAAUUAAUAAUAUUUAUUAAUUUUUUCUGUAUGUUUUUGAUUUUAAUAUUAUCGUACAUAUUGAUGUUGUUCCGAAUUACUGAGCAGUAUUCUAGUUUUGACCUAAUUAAUGCUAAAUAAAGAGAGAGGAUAGAAUCAGUUUUUGUAGCAUAAUAUGUGACAUAUUUAAUUAAAGCUAAUGUUCUUCGGGAACUAGAAAUUAAAUGUUCAACAUGUUGGUGAAAGAACAAUUUAGAAUCUAGAAUGAUACCUAAAUCUUUGAGAGAAGAGGAUUUCUGAAUUAAGGUGUUGCCUAAUUUAUAAUCAUAUUUGAUAGGAAGGUAUUUUCUAGUAAAGGAUAUUAUUAUUGUUUUGCUUUUAUUGAGGGUCACAAGAUUUGCUUUACAGCAGUUAUUAAUUUCAUUAAUGUCAGUUUGUAAUAAUAAACAGUCAUUAAAAGAGAAAAUUUUUCUACUUAUUUUUAGAUCAUCUGCGAAUAGAGUGCCAGAAGAAUGAUUCAGAAUUUGAGUAAUGUCAUCAAUAAAUAUGUUAAAAAGUAAAGGAGACAAGGUACCACCUUGAGGAACUCCAGAACUAGCUAUACAAUUUGAAGAAUUGGAGUUGUUGAUAGAUACAAAAAAAGUUCAUUUUUAAAGUAACUAGAAAACCAAUUAACAUAAUUGUCACUAAGACCGAAAUUAUGUAACUGAACAAUAGUUUAUGUUUUGUAACUAUCCAACAAAAAAUUAUUUUUUUUUUUUUUUGAGUUUUCAUUUAAGCUUUUUUAUUGAAAAUCUUCUACCCCGCUUUCCUGAGUGUGGAGAACAUACUCAAUUCUCUACCUUCAGCUUUUUAUUGCUGUUUAAAAUAAUUAGCUAAAUAACAAAGCAGACCUACUUUGGAGCAUAAAUAUUAACACAAAAUUUAUAUUUAACCAUUUUUGUUAAGCUCUUUGCAGACACAUAUAAAUGAGCUUAAGAAAUAUUCUCUCAUAUUUCUAACCUUCAAAAAAAAUUAGACUCAACGUAUAUUUAAUGUCAUGUAAUAAAUAUUAUUUAAGCUACCCUUCUUAUUAUCUAUAUGUUCAAUGAUACAUAUCACUGUCUCGUGCGUGAGAUUUCAGAUAUUUGUAGUUUCAUGUCAUUUAAUUGAUAUCCCAAGCAAAUUGGAGACAGAUUGAGGAAAAAAAUACACACACACACAUAUAUAACAUGAUUAUGCUUUGCCAACUGUAUGUGUGCGCUGUGCCCGUUGUAACACGCUAAAACUGAAUGAACACGGAGACAAAUCAAGGAGCGUAAAUAAAUAAGUUACUUGCUGCAACAGAAGCUGUCCCAUCAUUAUCUUAAAAUAACAUUUCCCUCAUGCAACAUCCACGUGUCGUCGUCGUUUUUCAUUGCCUUAUCAGCGAUAACCAAGCCCAUGUAUAUAGAUCUCGGGAUGGUCAGGAGGGCCUCCCCUGGGAACUUACAGAUCCCAUGACCAAACCUCUUCCUCAUCUAAGAUGAAAAAAAAAAUCAUAUAUAUAUAUAUAUAUUUGUUACCCCUUGUAAUCUAUUAUCAUAACUUUCUUCCAGGUAGAUUUUCUUGUACAAAGCUACCGUGGCCAAGACUAACGUGAUAUGAGCAUAUCACAUAACUUAAGGUUCCCAGAUCUGUAAUUUUCAUCCUGCUAUUAGGGUAAAUUCAUGCAUUAAAAAGUCUUGAAAUGUUGACCGGGUCCCAGGGCUCCCCACUCCCCUUUUGAUGGUCCUGGGUAUGGUUUUAAAAGCCAAUUAAUUAUUAAACAUUUGUUUUAAAGUUGUGUCUUUACCAAAUGUAACUUGUGCCUAACUGUUAAAGCCUACACAAUAAAAAAAAAACACAUUUACUCAAGAUCAGUUGCUAUAGAAAAAAAAGUAUCUCGAAACUCUUGAACCAUUGUUAAAAUUUGUCUUGUGUUUUCACAAAUACUCUCAAAUCUGCCAAAAUCUAAUUUCUAAAGGCACUGUAAUUACUUAUUUAAUUCAGUUUUGUUCGUUUACUGAUAUCGGGCCAUCGAUAAAUCUACCAUUUAAAGCUGUGCUAAAUUUGCGCCAUUAUUUUCCGCAUUAGCUCCAACAGGAUAUAUACUGAAUGCCACGGUACAAGCAUACAUAUUUAAGUCAUCGUAGUGACUGAAGCUGUAAAAUGACCAAAUAUUGUGUUCACCUAUCCUGAGUAAACAUAAAUACCGUUCAUGUUUAUACUCUUACUGUGUGUCAAUUUUACGGGUUCAUAAUUAUGUCUUAUCAUAUAUUUGUUAAAUGCAACUCGAAGGAACAUUUUGGUUGAUUGGCAAGAGUUGCGUUCUCUCCCUUUUGUCUCUUUUGGACAUUGGUGUGUGAUCAUAGUUUGCAUACCCAUAGAGAGGAUUUUGUACUAAACUCUAAACUAGCUCAUCAUUUCUGGCAGAUUGGUGAUACAUAGUUGUGAUGCCUUUCUCCUUUGAAUUUUUUCAACAUUUUGUGGAGUGCUACAAGUAGACCCAACCCGUUACUCUUUUCAUGCUUCUGGAUACUACAGCACCUACCUUAUUUAUUAUGGGAUUCUGUUUUUGAGCAAAAAUUGUACUUUUACACUUUAAUUUCUGUUUUAUUUUAACCUGUGCUGUUUUUUUUACUAUGGUUUUUUUUAUCCACAUUUCAUCUCCUAUGGAGAUUUGUAUGAGAUUUUGAAGUAAUGCAGUUAUUAUUAUUCAUUUGAUUUUAAACUUUUAAAAUCCUUUUGGACUCAAUGCAGAUGCAACCUUUAACCCACUAGUUACACAAAUUAUGUAAUACAAUUCACCUUGAAUAGUGAUAGUGAUACAUAUUUCAAAAAGAAAAAAAGAAAACUUUGCAAUAAUUAAUUACUUUUUUAAGUAGCCAUAAAUUAAAAUGAAGCAUACAUAUUUCUAAUGGAAUUCAAAGAAUUUAAUGAUAUAAGACAGAAUGAUCAUGGAGGGGUGUAUUUAUAUUUUUCCAACAAAACUAAAUGACCAUCUUCUAAAGAAGCCAUUUCAUUCUUUAGUCAAGCCAUUUAGGAUGAGUUUCCUUCGGAUCAAAAUUUAUGCAAUUUGUUGCUGACAAUAGAUGUGCAUCUGUAGUAAAUUUAACCAAUCAUGAAGCAAAGAUUGUGUUUCGGUUUUUUAACACACAGCAAGUUCUAGAUAUUUUCGCAAAAAAUGCAUGCUCCUAUUUCUAAGAAGAUUUCCGAAGGAGAAGAUGAGCCACCUGCACUUUGUCUCGUGGACACCAGGAGUCUUCCUGCCACCAGAACUUUCUCACAACAAUUUAAUCACAAAUUUAUUAGAUAACUUUUCAAAAGCAUCUUAGUUUUCUAGUUCAUUAACUGCAUUGGCCUAUUUCCUGGAAAAGAUAUUGCUGUAGUUUAUUUGACUGUAGCAAUAAUUUUAAUCAUUCAGUGUAUGGGUUUAUUAAUGUUAUAAUUUAAUUUUACUACCAAUUUUUUUGUGUUUUCUUUUUAGAUAUAUGGUAUCCCAUCAAUUUGCACUUAAUUUUUUUUCUCAUUUACUGUGCCAAUCCUAGAUUUAUUUAUUUUGGCUUUCAAGAUUGUUGUAUAAGUUAUCAUUACUUCUAAAUCAAAUUACUAUAUAUAAUAAAUGUAAGCGUGGUUUGUCAGUGCGUGCCACUAUAACUCCGCAACCCACUCUCUCUGUCCCAGGAGGGGGUGGGGGGAAUUAUAUGAUAGGGUAGCCCUCCAUCCCCCAUCCAUGAAGAAGGUAUUGGUUUGUAACUGCAGUGGUUAAGUUCAAAUAUAUGGGUGACAAAAGACUUCUGAUGUGAAGUCGGUGAAGCAGCCGGGAAUUGAGUUCCGAAGUGGCCUAGAUGUGCCAGAAUGUUUCUGUGUAUUAUAGAAUGUUCCAGAGUAUUAUAGAAGGUUCUGAAAUGUUAUAGAAAGUACCAGACAGUUCUUUACCAUCAAAGAGAUAUCCUGUUCCAGAAUGUUAUAGAAAGUUCUAGAAUGUUCUAGAAACUGCAAACAGAAAUCCAGAAUCUUUUGGAACAUUCUCUAAUGUUCCAUUAUCCUGUUGUGGUAGGGAUAUGUUCUAGCUGAGAAGGGUACAUGUAGGUGAUGGCGAGACACGUCAGUGUACUUUAGUAAAAAUGUUUGGAAUUAAACACAUGCUUUUCUUACAAUUGCAAAAUAUCAGCAAUACCCAGAAAUUAUGUGAGCGAAGCUGCUGGUUAGCAUCUAGUUAUGGAUAGUGUGAUCAGCUAAAUCAUUGAGAAAAUCUAUUUUCAUGUUGGUGGUGUUUUGUGUUAUAUUUUCCAACUUCGGCAUAGUUAUUUUUGUAAUGUUUACUAAUUUAACCAGAUGUCAUGCUACCGAGCUCUCAGUUUGUUGAGCACCAUACAGUCUAGUACAGUCAAAUCACGGACACAAAGUUGGUUAAUGUUAGCACCUUUACAAAAACAUUUGCUGUCACUUUUGCUUUAGUAUGCAUGCUGUUUCAUUGGAAAUAGGUUCCAUUUUCUUGGGCAGGUUUAAUAUUUUUGCUUGUUAUAUUUAAUAUAAUUUCAUUGACCUGGUGACAUGUUUUGUCUUGAAGCUCUUUCUAUUACCUUCUGAAAUUUUACCAAUAGAUUUUUCUUUUGUGCUUCUUUGUCGCACAUUUUUUACUAUGAAUAACUUGUACUCCAUAUUGUCAGAUAACAUAACUUUGCAUAUUCAAUGACAGCUCUCAAAUCAUCCGGUUAUGCAGUUUAUUUGCAUGGUUUAAAAAAGUAUUUUUCUGUCAUCAUUCUGCCACACUGUUUAAUAUUUAAUUUUGGUUUUGUUGGUGCAUAGCACAAAGACCUUUUCAGGUGGGAUUUUUUUUUUUCAUGUUACAGUAGACUACAGAUUAUCCGGAUGCAGGUUAUUUGGUUUACGAGUUAACCAUGCCAUAUUUCACUUCCAUAAACCCUAAACACAAAAAUAACUUUUUACUAUUAAUUUUAUUUUGUGAUCAAUUUAUGUGAUAGAGCAUUUUAUGCUGUGAUUCAAGAUGAAAAAUUCUGCUAAAAUAGUAGUACAUACAUAGUUGGUAAGUGUUAGUUAGUAUGCAUCAUGAACUUCGAAACUGCUAGGGUAAAUUAUAAACGCACCCCUGUAAGUCGUGUGUGCUUGUGUUCCACAUGCCCUUGUGAAUCGUGCUCAGGUUGGCGCUGGCAUGGAGCUGUUCCGUGACACGCAUGCGAUAAUGGGCCUGCUUAGUUUCAAGGCAGCAGUCACAUAGCGUGGUAUUGUUUUCUGUUGUAAUCUUCAGACAGUAAUAUCUAAUGAUAAAUACAAACGAGUGGUACUUGACAUUUAAUAAAAAUUAAAAAUGAGCAACCAGCUAAAGAAAGGAAGAAGUACAAAACAGCUGUCCCAAGAAUAUGGCAUUGGGGAACUAACUGUACUUGAUUUACAAAAGAAAAAGGAUGAGCUGUUAAAUUUUGCAUCCAUGUCUGACUACUACAAGUGGUUUGCAGAAACAAAAAACCAUUAAGCAUUACAUGUAUCAAGAUCUGGACAAGGUCAUAGAAGAAUGGUUUAAUCAACAACGGGCUCUAGAGAUCCCUGUCAGGCAUAAUUUGCAGCAUACAUGCAAAAUUAUUUUUUGAAAUUCUGGGUCUGGAAGGGAAUUUUUAUGAAUCUUCUGGAUGACUAACAAAAUUCAAAAAUUGUCAUGGAAUUUGCGAAAUUAGUAUCCAAGGUGAAAAGUUAAGUCAGGAUCAAACAGCUGCAGAUGCAUUUUGCGGUGUGUUUCAGGAACUCAUUGAAAGAGAGAAUUUAAUCCCAUAUCAAAUUACAAUGCCGAUGGAACUGGGCUAUACUGGAAAUGUCUCUCUACACGAACCCUAGCAUACAAGAGUGAACAGUGUGUGCCAGGCCAUAAGGCUAGGAAAGGAAGAUUGACAGUUAUGUUUUGCUGAAAUGCUUUGAGGACACACAAGCUAAAAAAAAUUUCUUCAUAGGAAAGGCAAAAAAGCCUCAAUAUUUUACCUUGCAAGAACUGACUUGUACAUUCCAGUAAAGUAUUUCAACCAGAAGAGAGCAUGGGUGGAUAGAGUCAUAUUUAAGAAGUUGUUCGAUAACCUUUUGUUUCAGAAGUCAGUUAAUUUUUGAGAAGCGAAGGGUUACUAGAAAGAGUAGUGCUUGUGUUAGAUAAUGGUGGAAUUUUUAUCAAAUAUUUGCCACCAAAUGUCACUGCAGUAAUCUAGCCUAUGAAUCAAGGUGUGAUUUCUACCUUGAAACAAAUCUAUCGUUCAAGUUUGCUCCAAAAACUAGGCCUGUGCGAAUAUCAGUUUUACAGUUUCAAUCUAGUACAAAUAUGAAUACCAAAUUAUUCGCAAGUACAAAUAUUGAAUUUGAAUAGUAAAAUUGAAAGAAUUCUUUUUUCACAUCAUAUAAUAACUUCUGGAAAAUUAGACAAAUAAUAUAAAGUGAAAUGUUGGUUAGGUUAAGUUAUCUACAGUGUGGCAUUUCUGCCCCAUUUUCUUUCCUUGGUGGUUUUAUGUCUUUAAAAAUGUUUGUAUUAUUUUUAUUUAAAAAUGUUUGUAUUAUUUUUAUUAAUUUAUUUGGUAGCUUUAUUGUCUAAGAUGGUUUGUAAUUUUUUUAAAUUUAAGUUUUGUGUUUUUCUCCCUUUUUGAAUUCCUUUUGGCCGUUAUGUACAGGCAGAAGGCCUUGGUUUCCAGAAGGUUAUAGUUCGUCCAAAUAAAUGAGUAGUCAAGUGUAAGGCUGUAUUUUAUAUAAAAUAUUGGGAAUAAUAUUUAUGUUGUUAUUUUGUAAUAUUUUAGUCUUAAUAUUGCUGGAUGUAUUUUAAAUGGACUUUAAAUGUUAGGCCUCCUCACUGAGUAAGAAAUUUGAGACAAGACUUUAGCUGAGGGCGUGCUGUAAGAGGACGUCGUGACGUGACCGGGAAACGGAUGACUUCAGCGCGCGCAGUGUGGUGCGUUCCGGCUGUUGUGUCGGGCACCAGGAAGUAUAAUUUUGGUGCAUUAACCACAAAAGAGUUUAUGCUACUUUGCGCCGAGAUGCAUAAUCUUUACGUGUGAAAAAGAAACUGUGAUGUAUAGAGUGAUUGAAAACUUCUAUGCCUACACAGCAGGAGUUUUACGUAGCUAUGCAUGCAAUACAUUUUUAUGUUGAUCAGCCUUAAAACGGAGCUGUAGACGUGCUCAGGUAAGAGGUGGAAUGAAGUUUUACAAGUAAGUGGCCAAGAACAUUCAUCAAUAUUUACGUCCCACAGGAUACUGGUGUCGGUUGGCGUGUAUUAAUUAGACAGAUAAACUAUUGAAAUUGUAGUGUUGAAUUUUGCGACCCGAAUUGCCUUUAUAAACGGUGAUGAUUUUUGGUACCGGCUCACACGUAAAAAGUUCAGCUGCUUAUUGUAAGGACUUGUAAUUCAAGAUAUGAGCAUUAUGUUUACAUUGGAACUAGUACGUUAAAGUAAAUUUUAAUUAAUUUUUUUUUAUUUUUGUAAUUCCAGUUAUAGGAAUUCCUGAUUAACCGCCUCCUUUUUUUUUUGAUGUUUGAAAAUGAUACAGUUAAGUGAGGAUAGAGUUUGUCUGGAAACAAAUGAAAUCCAAAAUAAAGUUGCAAAAAAGUUCUUUAUUUAGUUUGAACUGUUACUUCAGAACCUAUCGUUAUCUUUUUUUUUAUUGAAAAGGUUUUUAUUAAUUUUGAAUUGUUUUUCCUUAAUGAAGGGUUUAAUACAUCAGAUAAUUUACAUGUGUUGAUGAAGUUAAAUAAAGAUUUGUAUUUAUUAUGAUGUGCGGAAGUUGUCACUUUUAACUCGGAUGAAGAGUAAAGGGGACAAAAAAUUAUAUUGACAAACAAUAUUUGUUGAAAUAUUUUAACUAUGAAAUAAAACAUUGUGUUUUUAAUUAUGCAGCUAACUUCUGUUAACCAAUCUUAACAUUACCAACCAACCUUUUAUUUCAUUUCCUAUUUGCCUCAUUUUCUAGAACCUGCUAUUCCACAUGUUGAUCAAGAAAAUUUUCAUGAAUGGCAAAAUAACAUGAAAUACAAUACAAUCCAUUUAAAAAAAAAAGUGAAUAUUUUUUUUAUUUCUGUAUUUACAAAUAAAAUGAACUUAUAUUCAUAUACUUAAACCCUAGUUAUUCACGAGUUUUCAUUGUUAACACAGUGUGACCAUGAUAUUUGGUGUGAAGAAAUGAAUACAAAUAAUUUUUCGUUUUCAAGUUUUAAAUAAUAAAUAUUACAUUUUUUUGAAGUAUUCACACAAUUGUUCCAUUACUGUUUAGCGAGACAGUAGUAAAAAAAACUUUAAUACUUGUUGCAUGUUUAAAACAUCGCUUAUUGAUCAUGUUUUUGAUUAUGAAGUCUCAUUAAAACAUCAUAAAUGGGGAUUUAUAUUGCACUAAUAACUUAACCUCAACCGUGAACAUUAUAUACAACAAAUUCAUGAAGUAUGCUAUUCCAAAUAUUCAUCAGGAAAUGAAGAUUCGUUAUUUCAAAGUGUAAGUAUUUAAGGUCAAAUCGAAUACGAAUAGUUUUUUAUUCUUAUUCGAAAAUUCUAAUAUUCGAAUAUUCUCACAGGCCUACCAAAAACCCAUUAACAAUGAAAAUGAUUCAAAAUAAUUUUAGAAAAAUUAAGGGUUCUGAAUGCUAUUUACAAAAUUUCUGCAGCAUGGGAUCAAAUUUAGCCAUCAAUGCGAGUAAAAUCCUGAAGAACAAUUAUUCUAAAUAAAGACGAUGAUUUAGUAGGUUUCACUAAUGGCAAAAUGGUAAUUUCAGCUACACAUUUAGCACAAAUUGCUAAUAAUGUAUCAGGUGGUGAGCAAGUACGUGAGCAAGAUAUUGUGAAAUGGUUGAAUGCGAUGUAAACCAGCCUGGCUGUGUUGUACGAACUGAUUAUGACAUCGUUCAGAAAAUGAUGGAGGAAGAGAAUGAGGGAGGAACUGGAAGUGAGAGUGAAGGUGAACAGCCCGUAAAAGUGUCACACACUCUUACGCACAGUUAUGCCGACGGUCUUCUCUACUACCUGGACACGGAUGAAGAUAGCCUCCUAAUGGACAAAAUGGUUUUACAGAGAAUUCUUUCCAAUUUUCUUAAGAAGGAAAAAGAAACCAAAAAACAGACUUAAUUGAAGGAUUUCUUUUGCUGCUGUGUAACUUUUAUGGGGACGUACAAUACGGCUAUGUUUUAGUGAUAUGUACUGCAACUGUUUCUGUAAAUUAUGUCUAACACUUUAGUACCUAUUAGCUAUGAUGUACUGUGCAUAUGUAUCAGGGUAUUAUAAUAAUUUUCAUUGUGAGUCAUGCCGAAAAAGCUGCCGUGAUGUACUUGGGUAACUGUACAUUUAUGAAUUAUGUUAGUCUGGAUAAAAAGAUUUUAACUAUACUUUUUUUCAACAUUGCUGUAACCCUCUUUUUCAGUUAUCGGUGGACCCCUUGCCAGUCAUUACCCUGAAUAAUCGGAAGUCUACUGCACUUAGUUAUCUUUCAUUGGUACUUUAUAAUUGCAUGGGUCAUACACAACAUGUUUAUACUGCUUUUAUACUGUCUAUAAAUAUAUAAAUAGCCAAAAAUAAUUAAUUUCUAUAUUUUCAUAUGUGUAAAUUUCUUGAGGUGAGAUGUAAAUAAUGAACGUAUUCACUGUAACAAUGCCUCAUCACAAAGUAAAACAUUUUAUACCACAUUUAUAAUUGUGAGCUUGUAAUUGAUAAAUUAUGAUUUUAUUUUAUUUUAAACUUUCUUUUCAAAACCUUUUAUAUUGCAGAGAAAUGAAAUUAUGCCACUUCCUUCACAAAUAACUAUUUGAUUUGGAACUCUGGCAAGUAGUUCUCUGGCUUGUUUCAUUGCUUCAUUCUUAAAAUUUUGUAUAAUUUCCAGCCAUUAUAAUCUUUUACAAAUGUACAUAAUUCUAGCACCAAUUACAUUUAUUGCUGUAAACUUUUGGAAUGUAAACAUACACAAAUUCUCAGAUCCUAGAAAUAUAAAAUUAAGUUUUUUUUGAACCCAAAUUUUUUUUCAAUUUUGUCUAAGAUGACAUAGGAAAAAAAAAAUAUGAAUAUGCAGGUGUGCAAUAGACAUUUCAGGUUGUGGUUAUAACUAAUAGAACUAAAUGUACUGUGCUGUUGUUUUAAAUCAUAAUUUCUUAAAUCUAGCCUUGUAUAUUCAUAUUCAUGUUUAUUCAUAAGGGAAUAUUUGUUAGAAUUAUUAUUUUAAACAUUCUGAUUUUAUGAUAUAGUUCAAACAUUUAAAUUAUUAUUACAACAGUUCUUUGCUGGAAGUGCUCACAGUAACUAACAAAUGUUACAUAUUUAUGGAGUGUGUGAACUUUAUAAAGCAUGCGAUGCAGUAUGAUAGGUUUACAAAUUCAGUUUUAAAAAUUUAAUGAAUUUGGGUUCAGGAAUUUUGCCUCCACCUAUAAAUCUAAUUGUUAAACUGUUGUGACUGACAUGUUACUACUAGAAUUUUUUCUAGGCAUACCAGACUUAAAAAAAAAAAGUUUCAAACUAUAUAAGUAAAUAAACAAAGUGAUCACGAAUUGAUUCAUCAUUAUUUUGAAUAUAGCAAUGACUGAAGUUGUAUGUUAACUUGACUUCAAUGUAUAUGCAUUGCAUUAACUAAGUAUGAAUUUGUAAGUUAGGAAAUAUCAAUAAUCUUUCUUUCUAAUCUAAUUAAUAUGUUCAGGGCUUAAAUAAAAAAGAAAAUUUUUACCUUUCAGGUAGCCCUAUUGGUGACAAAGUUUUUUUUAUUAGUGCUUAAUUUUAAUUUUAACUGUAGCUUCUUGGUUGUUCUAAUUAAAGGGUUAUUAUAUAACACAGGAUUGUAAUAACCUAACUAAUGUUUCCAUUAUCUCACUGUAAUGACAGUUUAUAACUUUUCAGAUAUCUUCUUUUUCCAAAAAAUAAAGUUUGUAAAUGAAUGCAAGUAUAUUUGCAUCUCUGCAAUUUAUUUCACUGACAACUGAGCAGUUAUUCCUAAACAAUAAAUUUUUUAUUCAUGAAUGGGUUGUUUACUUGGUUAUUUAAGUUUAAAAGUAUAAUUUUUGUUGCAGUAACUAUAUUAAUUUACAGAGAUGUUAAAAAAUUACUUUUUAUUCAUCUAAAAAAAGUAACCGUUUAUCUUGCAUGCAUACAAGGUUGUAAAUGGAGUUAGUUUCAGAAAACGAAAUCCGUUUUUUGUUGGAAACUUUUCAUAACUAUGUAGUUGAAUGUGUUUAAUGUUUUUGAUAUUAAAUAAAUUAUUUCAUGUCUGUGCAGUUAGGCAAUGUUGUUACAAAAUUAAGUUCACAGAUUUGCAAAUGAAUAACUGUGUAAUA